AGGGCCUUCCCAUAGAUUCUUAUAGGAGCUUCUGCCUGUCCACUUUGCAUCUGUAGUCCACAUCACUCCUUUCAGAGUGAGGAAAAGAGAUUUGUGGAAUCCUGGAGCCAGUGGAGCAAACAGCAGCAGCUCUGCUCAACCUCAGCGCCAACAUGUUGUACCUGGAGACGGGAACCACAACUUCUUACAACGAGUCACAGUACACAAACCUGGGGCUCCUGAACGGCAUGGAUCAGAACAUCCAGAACGGCGGCUCGACCUCCACCAGCCCCUACAACAACGACCACGCUCAGAACAACGUGACCGCCCCGUCGCCCUACGCCCAGCCCAGCUCCACCUUCGAUGCCCUUUCUCCCUCACCGGCCAUCCCGUCCAACACAGAUUAUGCCGGGCCCCACACCUUCGACGUCUCCUUCCAGCAGUCGAGCACAGCAAAGUCUGCCACCUGGACGUACUCGACAGAUCUGAAGAAGUUAUACUGCCAGAUCGCCAAGACGUGUCCCAUUCAGAUCAAAGUCCUGACCACCCCUCCCCAGGGCGCCGUGAUCAGGGCCAUGCCAGUUUACAAAAAAGCCGAACAUGUGACCGAGGUGGUGAAACGCUGCCCGAACCACGAGCUCAGCCGCGAGUUCAAUGACGGUCAGAUCGCUCCGCCGAGCCACCUGAUCCGCGUGGAGGGAAACAGCCACGCCCAGUACGUGGAGGACUCCAUCACCGGGAGACAGAGCGUACUGGUUCCAUACGAGCCUCCCCAGGUCGGGACUGAGUUCACCACCAUUUUGUACAAUUUCAUGUGCAACUCGAGCUGCGUGGGUGGGAUGAACCGCCGCCCGAUUCUCAUCAUCGUCACCCUGGAAACCAGAGACGGGCAGGUUUUAGGGCGCCGCUGCUUCGAGGCCAGGAUCUGCGCCUGCCCGGGCCGAGACCGCAAGGCCGACGAGGACAGCAUCCGCAAGCAGCACGUAACGGACGCCACAAAGAGCAGUGAGGGUACGAAACGCCCCUUCCGCCAGGUCUCCCACGGCAUACAGAUGUCCGCCAUCAAGAAGAGAAGAUCUACAGAUGAGGAGGUGUUCUGUUUGCCUAUUAAAGGACGUGAAAUUUAUGAGAUUUUGGUGAAAAUCAAAGAGUCUCUGGAACUCAUGCAGUUCCUGCCGCAGCACACAAUAGAGUCGUACCGACAGCAGCAGCAGAACCUCCUGCAGAAACAAACCUCCAUGUCAUCUCAGCCCUCCUUCGGCUCCACCUCCCCCACCCCCGGAAAGGUCAACAAGCUGCCCUCCGUCAGCCAGCUCAUCAACCCCCAGCAGCGUAACACGCUCACCCCAUCCAGCAUGUCUGGAGGCCUCACCGACAUGACUCCCAUGAUGGGCACUCACAUCCCCAUGAACGCUGACAUGAGUUCACUGAGCCCCACACACGCCCUGCAGCCUCAGCUGCCCCUGGUGCCCUCCUCCCACUGUACCCCCCCUCCUCCAUACCCCAUGGACAGCAGCAUCUCCAGCUUCCUUAUUCGGCUGGGCUGCGCCGGCUGCUUGGACUACUUCACAGCACAGGGCCUAACCAACAUCUACCAGAUUGAGAACUAUAACAUGGAGGACCUGUCCAGGCUGAAGAUCCCUGCCGAGUUCCAGCACAUCAUCUGGAAGGGCAUCAUGGAGCACCGACAGGCCAUGGAUUUUCCCCCUCCUCCCCACAUAGUGCGCACCACCGGCAGCGCCUCCACCGUCAGCGUGGGCUCCUCCGAGGCACGGGGCGAGCGCGUCAUUGACGCCGUGCGCUUCACCUUGCGUCAGACCAUCUCCUUCCCGCCUCGCGACGAGUGGUCCGACUUCUCCUUCGACCUGGAUUCCCGCCGCAACAAACAGCAGCGCAUCAAGGAGGAGGGAGAGUAAGACGCCGCCGCCGCCGCCGCGUUCCCGCUUGUCAUUUCACGCCUGCUGAUGAACAUUUCAUUUGAAACCUGCUGUUAGUGCAACGCCUGCUGAGAACAAACACACAGAUGCACUUACUGUCAUUUUUGUCCUGCACAGAUAUUUUAACAGUAUCCAAAAAAAAGGAUGCUUUUUGUUUUGUUUUGUUUCUACGUUUUAUUAUCAUGUAAUUUCUUGAGAGCACUUAAGAAAUGCCGAGGACUUCCCAGGUCGCUUUGAGGUUUAAGUGUUCGAUUCAUUCCCGAGUCAAAGCACGACUGGAGCGUUAGAGGGUUUAUUAGGGCUUGUGUUUCUGCUGUGGGCCGUAGCAAACGUGUAUUUUAGUCUGUAAUCCUUUUAGUCGAGCACACUGGUUUCCGCUCUGGCAGGAGUCAUUUCAAACAUUUCCUCUCAGAAGUAUUACGUCAGCUGAUGGGCGAUUUGUUUCCCGCUUCCAUAUUUUGCUUCUUUUGUUUUUUAAUGUAUGUUGUGAGACCAACGCAGAGUUGUGAAAUGUGUUUGAUGGUCUUUCAUUUGAUGUAGCCACAUAUAGGCCUGACACUCCCAGUGUUUUACAGUUAUGACUGAUGUCGUUUUAUUCUUGUUUAUUGCUGAGCAAAAGUAUUUUUUUAAUUCAUGAAUCAUGUGUUGGUAGAGGAAACUGGAGUUAAAUGUACAUACAUUUGUAUAGUUGUUUUUUAAGUCGCUCUAAGGGAACUGCAUGAUUUCCUUCAUGAACCGAGCACAUGAGUGUUUGGAGCUGUAUCACUUUGUAUUAAUCAGGUCACAUACAGUGUGUGUGUGGACCCAGGAUUUAGCCCAGCUUUGUCUGCAUUGUUAGAAAGAAGCAAAAACCGACUGCAGUUUCAUAUUUUUGUACAAUGUAUUGUAAAUAUGUUGCAGUAUAUCGAGGGUAUUUUGAUAUAAAUCUGAAAUAAAUAUCCAUUCUUGCUGUAUUGCCUGUUAA